UUCAGUUCAUUCAUCUGUCGAUCUGUCGUUCAUGUGAUCGUACAUUAUCGUAUUUUCAUUAGUACUGAAUUUCAUAACAAAUAUAGUGAAUAUUAAUAAUUAACGAAAUGAACCAGCCUUCAAAUAUUUUGGCCUGGUAAAUCAGAUCUCUCUGUUUUUCACAAGAUAAUACAAUGUGAAGAUUUCUCCUGCAAAUUACUCGAAAAUGAAGGAUAUAAAGUGUGUUUUUAUUUUUAUGCUUAUGUGUGGAUUCGUCUUUACUGGCGAUGAAAAAGUGAAUAAUACGGUGAACAGUGCUACGAAUAACGCAGUAUCUUCUGUUAGUACGACAACAGCGACGACAGUCAAAGUUACAGAAGGCUUAAAAUCAAAUCAAGACCAGUUUUCCUCACCAAAUCCAGUACCUGUUACUACACCUAGUAAUAAUGUUACUGUUAAGAAUGCAUCAAUUUCCACUAGUACCACUAAGAAAAUGGAACCAACAGUUUCUUCUACUAUGCCCAGUGUUCCUAUUGUAAACAACCAAACUAAUAUUAGCUCUACAACUGCAUCGGCAGAUCCUGUGUUACCUGAUAAGGGUUCUGCAGAAGAUGAACAUAAUAGUUCUAUGGCAAUAUUCUUUGUACUCUGUGUAUUAGCACUGGGUAUUUUGCUUAUUCAUCUCAUGUUACAAACAGGGUUCCAAUAUAUACCAGAAAGUAUUGUCAUCGUAUUCCUAGGAGCACUUAUCGGAUUAGCUAUGAGUGCAUUAUCAAAUAGAAAUAUCAGCAACUGGAGGAAAGAAGAAGCAUUUUCACCAACAGCCUUUUUCCUCAUUCUGUUACCACCAAUUAUUUUUGAAUCUGGAUAUAAUUUGCACAAGGGAAACUUCUUUCAAAAUAUUGGAUCGAUAUUAGUGUUUGCUAUAUUUGGAACAACCAUUUCCGCUUUUAUAAUUGGAUGUGGAAUUUAUUUUCUUGGAUUAGCAGAUGUAGUUUACAAAUUAGGUUUUGUGGAAUCUUUUGCCUUUGGAUCAUUAAUAUCUGCAGUAGAUCCAGUUGCAACUGUGGCAAUUUUCCAUGCUCUGAAUGUGGAUCCUGUACUGAACAUGUUAGUGUUUGGGGAGAGUAUUUUGAAUGAUGCAAUUGCCAUUGUUUUAACAACUGCUGCUCUUGAAUCAAAUAAUCCAACAAUGUCAGCGGGAGAAGCAUUAGUUAUGGGAAUUCAGUCGUUUUGUCUGAUGUUUUUUGCAUCGGCUGGUAUUGGUGUUGUCUGCGCCCUAGUCAGUGCUCUACUUUUGAAACAUGUAGAUCUAAGAAAGAAUCCGUCCUUGGAGUUUGCUAUGAUGUUAGUAUUUACAUAUGCCCCUUAUGUGCUUGCUGAAGGUAUUCACCUUUCUGGUAUAAUGGCAAUAUUAUUCUGCGGAAUAGUUAUGUCUCAUUACACUCACUUCAACCUGUCAACUGUGACUCAAAUAACGAUGCAACAAACACUGAGAACUUUAUCAUUCAUCGCCGAAACUUGUGUGUUUGCUUACCUUGGACUAGCAUUGUUCAGUUUUAAGCACAGAGCAGAGCCUGCUCUUGUUGUUUGGAGCUUGGUGUUAUGUCUUCUUGGUAGAGCUUGCAACAUCUUCCCACUAGCGUACUUGGUAAAUAAAUUCCGGGAACAUCAGAUAACGAAGAAGAUGAUGUUUAUAAUGUGGUUCAGCGGUUUGAGGGGAGCCAUUUCGUACGCUUUGUCGCUCCAUCUGAAUUUCAGCGAUGAAACUAGACAUGUCAUCAUAACAACCACUUUGAUAAUCGUUCUGGUUACUACCCUCGUCUUUGGAGGCGCCACCAUGCCACUUUUGAAAUUCAUGCAGGCGACCAAGAAUCCCUCCAGGCGUCUGAGGAAAAAGAAGAAGGACAGAGAGGUGAUUCUAAGUAAGACGAGGGAGUGGGGAAAAACCAUAGACUCUGAGCAUUUGUCGGAGACCACGGAAGGUGAAGCUGAAGUAUCAUUCGUAUCUGAUAGAAUAAAAGGGUUCGUGAAGUAUGACAUUAAGUACUUCAUUCCAUUCUUCACCAGGAGAUUCACACAACAGGAACUCAAAGAUUGUAAAAGCCAAAUGACCGACCUCACAAACCAAUGGUAUCAAGCUAUACGCAUCUCGCCAGACCAAUCAGAUGAAGAACAGGCCAACACUCCUAGAUCCAGUAUUUCAAGCAUUAUACGCUAAAUAUAAAUUAUUUUAACCUUUAACUCCCCACUUCAUAUUUUUGAAGAUAUAUUGAAGAAAUCAACCUGUAUAUUGUUGAGAAGAUAAUAUGAAGCACAAAAUUGUCAACAAAAAAGUGUAAGUUUAUUAAAGAAUUUAUUUUUAAUUUGAACUGAAUAAUUGGCUGUUACUCCAAAAAUAGGUAUGUGCAUAAUUUUACGUUUAAAACAAGAAUCGAAUGCUUAACUGAUGAAAAGUUUGGAGCGGUUGGAAUUUAUAAAAUUGGGUCCUUUGUAUUUCAAGAGUUUUUCGUAUUUAGACUGAUCAAUCAACAUAAAAUUACUCAUGAUUAAAGCGUUUCUCGUUUGAGAAAUCCCUGAUUGAACUCAAUGAAGAUAUUGCAAAUCAAAAUUUUACUGAGUUCACAUAGAAGAUAUUUUGCCAUGUGCCAAAACUACAUAUACAGUCAAUAUCGAAUAUUCAAAGGAAUGCUUGCAAAACUAAUAUGUUGUUAUGUCUUCAUGAGUGUUUUUGACUUCAUUUGGGAUUUUUCGUUGCUAAAAUAAUAAUGUUGAUUUUAUGAAGACUUUAAUCAUCAGUAUUAAUACUAAUCUAGAGACCAUUUUUUCACAUUAGGAUUCUGGGACGAUAAUUGGAGUUAUUCAUAUAGUGAAAUAAUGAUUUGGAACUACAUAUUAUUUGUGUUUGGAUCAAGAUCCUGAUGCUUCUUAAUUUAGUUAUACAAAUGUAAAACUUGCAUAUUUCGACUGUUCACAUUCAAAGUUUUGCUUUCAUUAGUAUGCAAUAUUUCAAUUUGAUAAUGCAAAAUCAACUUGUUUUGAACACGUUUUCUGAAGAUUCAAAGGAAAUCAAUCGUAGUUCAUAUAUAGUCACUAUAAUAUAUUUUUUGUUAACUAAAUUAUGACUUUUCGAGUUUGACUCUUAAAGAAAUAAAUUAUGAAAUGUAGUUUCUUUGUAAAUAAAGUUGUUCAUUUUAUUUCAAAUUUAGUUGGUACUUAGUGUAAAUAAAUAAUCAAUUUGCUUAAAGUGCUCGUGAUGAAAUAUUUUAUUUGUGUGAUAACACUGUGAUUUAGUUUCAGUUACGAUAAAUUCCUAGCUGUAAAUCUGUUAUAAAAAUAAAAUGUAUGAAUUGAA